AUGUCAACCCAAGACCUUCCAAAUUACCCAGACCUGCGCGGCAAAGUAGCACUGGUCACGGGCGUAGGUCAGGACGGACCGGCAGACUUGACGGACAACUGGGGCAACGGGGCGGCGAUUGCACUCGCGCUGGCCAGGAACGGGGUGAAGAUCUUCGGGUGCGACGUCAACCUGGAGGCAGGUCGACGCACAAAGAGCCGGAUCGAGGCCGAAGUCCCGGGCGCCGUGGUGGACGUGGUGCCCACGGACGUGACGUCGUCCUCGGCGGUCGACGAGCUGGUUCGGGAGUGCCUGCGCAGGCACGACGGCCGCAUCGACAUCUUGGUCAACAACGUCGGACGCAGCGAAAAGGGGGGGCCGGCCGACAUGUCGGAAGAGACGUGGGACAGCCAGGUCGCGGUCAACCUGAAGAGCGUGUACCUGACCUGCCACGCCGUGCUGCCGGUCAUGGAGGCCCAGAGGUCGGGGUCCGUGGUCAACAUCAGCAGCAUCGCGGGCAUGAGGUACAUCGGGAAGCCUCAGGUGGCCUACUCGAGCACCAAGGCCGCGGUGACCCAGUUCACCAAGCACACGGCCGUGGUGUACGCGGACAAGGGCGUGAGGCUGAACGCCGUCUGCCCCGGGUUGAUGUUCACGCCGCUCGUCCACACCAUCGCCAAAAAGUACGCCGGGGGCGACUACGACGGGUUCGUGGCCACGAGGCACGCCCAGGUGCCCACGGGGAAGAUGGGGACGAGCGCCGACGUCGCGAACGCCGUGGUGUUUUUGGCGAGCAGCGUCGCCGCCAGGUACGUGACGGGCCAGAAGUUGGUGGUGGAUGGGGGCAUGGUGUCGAGUACGGGUAGGACUUGA